AUAUACUAUUUGGGCACACAAAUUCACCAUUUAUUGAGUUAUAUCCAUCCAUUCUUGCUACGACUUGUUGAAUAUUCGAAUGAUAAUCAUAAAAGAGAAUGUUGACUAGUGAAUUGUUUAUUUUGCAGAAAAGUGCGCAAAGGCACUAUAAUCGUCAAGACUUCUACUAUGUUGCUAACGAGAAGAGAGAAGGGCAUGAAAGAACUACAUCAAGGCUUGAGCGUGAAGGAAAGAAGUAAUGUAGGGGAGCAAACUAAAAGAAGAGGAGGAUCUUCUUGGGAAGAAAUGAAGAGAAGAGGAGGGCCAAUGUGCAAAUGUGGCAGAUCAGAGAGGGGAAUGAAAUCCCUAGCCGCACCUCAUUGCAAAUCGGUGCCUGGCAUCUCCAUCCCCUCUUUCCCCCGCCUCCUUCUUCCACCUCCGGCCGCCGCCGCGGCCAGGCCGGCGUGGCGGCGCGCCACCCAGCACCUCCACCUGCUCCACAACCCCGCAGCACCUCCACCCGUGCCAUCGCGCUCCCACCACAUCACCAUCACCACCAGCACCACCGCGCGCCACCACUCUCCUCCCCCUACACCAUCCAUCCAUCGCAGCCGCGCCACCGCGCCAUCACCAGCAUCCACCAUCAUCGAUCCAUCUCCACCUUCACCACGCCAUCCCUCCACCAUCUCCAGCCACCGCCGUACCUCGCGCGCCCAACCAGACAAAGGGGAGCACAGGCGUCUGGUCAUCCGCGUGAGGGCGCCCCCGUUUUGCUGCUCUACUUCUCCUAACUCAUGAUGUUGCUCUUCUCUCCACGCCCCCACUGCUUCUUCUUUUUCCCCUUAACCUCCUACUGCUGUCUCCUCGUCUUCCUCCCUGAACCAUAACUGCUGCUGCUCCCUUCUCCUCACGCCUCUGCUACAGGCUGCUUCUCCUUAUCUGAACCAACUGCUGGCUGCUAUUACUUCUCCCCAAAAUUGUCGCUGCUCCUCUUUCUUGCUGCUCCUUUUCUCAAAUGCCCCUGCUGCUCCUAAUCUGAACCAUAAACUGCUGCUAUCUCUCUUUUAUCCUCUCUAUAUUCUCUGAAUUUCUAUAAGCUGAGAUGUGCAAUGCCUUGUAAUGUUCAGAUUUGGGUUGUGCUUGAAACUUGGUCAGUUUCAGAUUUGUGCUUGAUUAGUAGUACUUAUUUUGUUCAUCUGAGAGUAUUAGAAUAGUAUCCUGUAGUAUCAUAUUCGUAUUUGUGUAUGUGUGUGUUCAUCUAAUUUGUUCCAGUUUAUAGUCCAUGUGUUUACUCUAGUACGAGUGUUAUAUAAAUAUGUGUGUGUGUGUGUGUGAGUGAGUGAUUGUUGUGUGAUGAUGACACUUGUUCAGUCCGAAGACAUGUGUGUUUCUUACUUAUUUUGUUGACCAGUGACAGUUUGUACUGUUACAUUGUGUCCCUCAUUUCGAAUGUAUGAGAUCUAGCUAUAUAUGUCAUAUAUAUUAUGUACUUGCUGAUGAUUAGUGUCCAGUUUAUUGUUCUUGUGAUAUAUACACAUAUGUGUGUGUUAUGUUCAUGUCCUUUUUACUUCUCUUGUCAUUGAUGUUAGCUUGUGUUAGUAUCUUAAUUUCUCAAGUAUUACAAAAAUACCAAAAAGAAAGUUAGUAAAAUCUGUAUCUACCUUUGCUUGUCCACAUUUUCAUUGGCGACAAUCUUGAUAGUUUAGGUUUAUUUUCUGUUCCCUUCAUCUGAAUUGUAUUACCAUGCUUUAGCCGAAUAUAGUUGCCGUCGCCUAGUCCCUGAGGAGAACACGACUCUCGUAGUUUGGGGCGUAAAAACCCCGCUAUAUUACAAUCGAUCAUUUUGGCGCCGUUGCCGGGGACUAGCGUCGAGCGAUUGUGUUACACUAUAGACUAGGUUUUUCUUGUUUUCCUUUUGUGACAUCUAUAUGUGAUAUAUAUCUAACCCCUAACCACUGUUCUAGUUAUUUUCUGUUCCUUUUCUUGUUUGUUUUGUAGGUUGGAUUGUCUUCAUGGAAAUGGCAUUCAACUCAGACCAUCAUGCUUAUGUGAGCAAUAGCACGGAAAGUGUUCAAGACUUGAUAAGUAAGAUUUCCUAUCAGUUAGAUGAUUUAGCUCGGCAGCGAGGUGUAGUUUUUGAGGAUAUGCCUAGCUAUUAUGAUGCUUAUUCUAGAGGCCAUCCUUAUGUUGCUCCUACAUGCCAUAUUUGUGGAUUUCAAGGCCAUUCACCCGCUGAAUGUCAGCGUGGUUACUCUCAUCCUCCGGAUUGUUUUGGGAUUUAGGUAUGAAGAGGAGAGCCACAACUAUGCUCCACAACAGUCUUAUUCAGCUCCUAUUCAUAUACCUAAGCACCAGGAGAUGUUGCCAAUGGAGUUAAAUGGUCCUCCAUUUGGUCAACCAACACCUUCAACACAAGUGCCUACUCAAGAUGAGUUCGAUGACAUAGACAAGCUUGCACUUUUGAGUCUUGAGUUCACUUGGAGUGCCAAGGAUGAUCCUAUUAGGAAGGUUAUACUAGAUGAAAUGAAGAAGAUCAAGAGUGGGAAUGAGCUAGUGGAAGAAGUAAAGAAGAUUGAGAAGAACAUCAACGCUGGCAGUACUAUUUCUUCACAGCUUGAGCUGAGUAAUUCUGGGAUUCCCCUUGAUACAUGUGAGGUUCCAAUACCGUCACAUCCAGCUGAGAAAGAUAGCAAGUGCCUUGAGGAAGAGAUACCUCAGAUUGAAGAUGUACUCGUAGCCAAGGCACAAGAUGAUCCAGAGCUCAAAUGCCCAAGUGAUCAAGUUGAAGAUCCAAUGUCUAUCCCUCCUGAAGAAGUAAAAGAAGCUGCUGUAGAUGAAGAUGAAGAACAUGAGAUUCAUUUGCCUAUUGUCAUACCAGAGCGUGAUGUGUCAGGUUUACCCAAUCCUCUCGAUGACAUGCGUCCUUAUGAUUCCUUUGCUUCUACCUUGCAUUGCAUGAUGCCAUCUGUUAAAGUAGAUUUGGAAAAGUAUUUUCUUGUAUAUGAUCAUAUAUACCCUGUUAGUGGCAUUACUCACAUUAAUGAUGAUCACAGUUACUUUCCUCGUGCUAGUCCUAUGCUUAAUGAAACAUAUCACUCCCAUGCUAGUAUUGAGCUUAAUGAUAAAUAUCAUCCUCAUGUUAGUGUUGACCUUGCUGAUUUCUACCAUCCUAAACAUGUGCUUUAUAGCUAUGCUUAUGUAAUUGGAUAUUCGAUUGAUGACUUGGAGGGUAUUAUCCCUACCACUUGCAUUGUCUCUUUGGUUGAGUGCUCUUUCAGGUUUUUGCUUCUGCAUCGUUCACUUCAUGCUGACCAGGUUCGAGGUGACAUUCCUUGGGACCCUGGUGGACUCAGAGCAUGGGGAUGAGGAGAAGCAAGGAGCACACAUGAAGAGAGAAGCUGGAGGAGGCAUGAGGAUAGAGAAGCAAAAAGAGAAGAGCUGCAGUUCAGAGAGUGAUUGUGCGAGACCUACAUCAUAUAAGCCCGGUGAGCUGUUUCAUGACCCGAAUCUUAAUAUAUCAUCCAUUGAUACAUGCUGAAAUCAUUUGAUAUUUGGGUUGCUUGAGCCAUUUCUUAAAUGUCGUCCCACUGAAUUUUACCUUUGACAUAUGAUGCUUGAUGUGAAUAUGCGAACUGAUUGUUGAAUGCCAUGUAAACUAGUGAUCUACAUAUUGCUUGUUUUGCUGAAAUUAGUGAAAGUUAUUAGUUUUGAGUGCUCAAAUCCCUAGUACACUAGAAAACUUAAUCAUUUUCUGCUUUUACCUCGAUACACCUAGAUCACCAUGUUUAGAUGCUGAAUUUGUGCCAAGUGUCUUCCCAUUGAGAGCAAUCACCUAACCACUAUGGAUUAGCAUGCUAUGUUCUCUGGAUCGGUAGCAUGUGAACCAGACAUGGAGAAGUGAUGAUUCCUGUUUUUGUUCUUAUGCAUUGUUCAUUUAAGAUAAGUAAUAAUGAAUAAAUAAGUCUGGCUACCUACAGUAGCAUGUCAUGUUCCCGGGAUCGAUGGCAUGUGAAAUCGGGUUAGCUUGGGCAGUAAUUAAUAAUAUUAUAAAAUGUAAUUGUCGAACCAGGUGUAUACCAUGUUCUCGGGAUCGGUGGUAUGUUCCUUUGGGGAGACAAACAAACAAAAAAAACUAAUAAUUGGUCGAGCCAGGUGUAUACCAUGUUUUCGGGAUCGGUGGUAUGUUCCUUUGGUAAGACCAAUAAAAUAUUAUCAUUGCUUCCUUCAAAUUCAAUAAGUGGUUCAACCACAAUGUUCCUGGUAAUAAGUGAUCUGAUCACAAGUUCAAGUUCUUUUUAUUUAUUUUUUGGAUCAUGCUCUCUUUAGGAACCAUUUGGCGCAGUCAUCAUUUAAACUUAUUGAUCCUCUUUUAUCAUUGUAAAAGUUUAAAAUGGUCAUGCUUACUAGUAUCCUACUGCUUUGUAGCACUCUUAACCAUCAAUUUUCACUAGCUAAGUCCAAGAGCAUGCAUUGUUUAGAGAUCUACUUCACUUGGACAUUCUCUAAUCAGCUCACUAUUCACUAUCUCGCUCUUGUCAUCUGCCUUUACUUGAGGACAAGUAAAGAUUUAAGUGUGGGGGAACUUGAUAAGCACAUUUCUUAUAUACUAUUUGGGCACACAAAUUCACCAUUUAUUGAGUUAUAUCCAUCCAUUCUUGCUACGACUUGUUGAAUAUUCGAAUGAUAAUCAUAAAAGAGAAUGUUGACUAGUGAAUUGUUUAUUUUGCAGAAAAGUGCGCAAAGGCACUAUAAUCGUCAAGACUUCUACUAUGUUGCUAACGAGAAGAGAGAAGGGCAUGAAAGAAAUACGUCAAGGCUUGAGCGUGAAGGAAAGAAGUAAUGUAGGGGAGCAAACUAAAAGAAGAGGAGGAUCUUCUUGGGAAGAAAUGAAGAGAAGAGGAGGGCAAAUGUGCAAAUGUGGCAGAUCAGAGAGGGGAAUGAAAUCCCUAGCCGCACCUCAUUGCAAAUCGGUGCCUGGCAUCUCCAUCCCCUCUUUCCCCCGCCUCCUUCUUCCACCUCCGGCCGCCGCUGCGGCCAGGCCGGCGUGGCGGCGCGCCACCAAGCACCUCCACCUGCUCCACAACCCCGCAGCACCUCCACCCGUGCCAUCGCACUCCCACCACAUCACCAUCACCACCAGCACCACCGUGCGCCACCAUUCUCCUCCCCCUACACCAUCCAUCCAUCGCAGCCGCGCCACAGCGCCAUCACCAGCAUCCACCAUCAUCGAUCCAUCUCCACCUUCACUGCGCCAUCCCUCCACCAUCUCCAGCCACCGCCGUACCUCGCGCGCCCAACCAGACAAAGGGGAACACAGGCGUCUGGUCAUCCGCGUGAGGGCGCCCCCGUUUUGCUGCUCUACUUCUCCUAACUCAUGAUGUUGCUCUUCUCUCCACGCCCCCACUGCUUCUUCUUUUUCCCCUUGACCUCCUGCUGCUGUCUCCUCGUCUUCCUCCCUGAACCAUAACUGCUGCUGCUCCCUUCUCCUCACACCUCCGCUACAGGUUGCUGCUCCUUAUCUGAACCAACUGCUGGCUGCUAUUACUUCUCCCCAAAACUUCCGCUGCUCCUCUUUCUUGCUGCUCCUUUUCUCAAACGCCCCUGCUGCUCCUAAUCUGAACCAUAAACUGCUGCUAUCUCUCUUUUAUCCUCUCUAUAUUCUCUGAAUUUCUAUAAGCUGAGAUGUGUAAUGCCUUGUAAUGUUCAGAUUUGAGUUGUGCUUGAAAUUUGGUCAGUUUCAGAUUUGUGCUUGGUUAGUAGUACUUAUUUUGUUCAUCUGAGAGUAUUAGAACAGUAUCCUGUAGUAUCAUAUCCGUAUUUGUGUAUGUGUGUGUUCAUCUAAUUUGUUCCAGUUUAUAGUCCAUGUGUUUACUCUAGUACGAGUGUUAUAUAAAUAUAUGUGUGUGUGUGUGUGUGUGUGUGAGUGAGUGAGUGAUUGUUGUGUGAUGAUGACACUUGUUCAGUCCGAAGACAUGUGUGUUUCUUACUUAUUUUGUUGACCAGUGACAGUUUGUACUGUUACAUUGUGUCCCUCAUUUCGAAUGUAUGAGAUCUAGCUAUAUAUGUCAUAUAUAUUAUGUACUUGCU